AUGGGUUGUACGGGUACGAAGGCAAGUAAAGCCGAAGGUGAUCUUGAACGAUAUCAUCAGGAUAUAUCAAUAGCAGCACAAAAAGGUGAUGAUAAACGAAUUAAAGAAAUUCUUGAUGAACUUGAUCGACGUAAAGCAACAACGACGAAGAAAGAAGUACUUAAUAUGGGUUAUCGAGAUGCCGAUGGUCUGACAGCAUUAAGUAUAGCAGCUGGAAAAAAACAUAAAGGUGUCACCGAAAUUUUAGCUUCAUGUCCAGAAGUCGAAGUGAACAAAGCAUCAUUAUCCGGUAUUACACCAUUAUUAAUGGUUGCCGAAGUUGGUUGGCCAGAUAUUCUUGAUAUUUUAUUAAAACGUGGUGCUAUUGUUGAUUCUGCUCCAUCUGGUAAACGAGCUGAAGAAAAUAAAAUAGCUGGUUCAACACCAUUGAUUGGUGCAACUAAAUAUAAUCAUCCCGAUUGUGUUAAGCAUUUAUUAGAUAAUCAUGCUAAUCCAAAUCAUCAGAAUCAAUCGGGUAUAUCAGCAUUAAUGCUUGCAGCAGAACAAGGUUAUUUCGAAUGUGUUAAAUUGCUUGUACAAGCCGGAGCUGAUUUAGAAUUAGCACCAAGUGGUCAAUUAGCCUUAACCAUGAAUUUAUGUGGUCAAACACCAUUAUUUUGUGCAGCAAAAGAAGGUCGCAUAGAAAUAGUUAAAUUUUUAUUAGAUCAUGAUGCUAAUCCACGUGUUCAAAAUCAUUAUGGUGUUAGUGCAUUAUGGAUUCCAGCACAAAAAGGCAUGUUACCUGUUGUAGAAUUAUUAUUGAAUGCUGGCGCUGACACACAUGUUGCUCCAUUUGGUAAUUUAGCAGAUGAAUUAAAUAUAACUGGUUGGACACCGCUAUAUGCUGCAAUGAAAUCUCGUAAAUUUGAUGUUGUUAAAUUACUUCUUAAAUCUGGUGCUGACCCAAAUGCAGUAACAAAAUUAGGUUCAACACCAUUUUUACUUGCAUCGGAAAUAUGUGAUUUAGAUAUAAUUGAAGCGUGUGUUGAAGCCAGUGCUGAUCUUGAUUUUGCACCAAGUGGUCCAGAUGCUGAUAAUUUAAAUAUAACUGGUCAAACAGCAUUAUUCAUGGCUACAUUAAAAGAUCGUGUAGAUGUUGUGAAAUAUUUAAUUAAACGAAGAGCCUUAGUUAAUGUACAAAAUCGUUAUGGUGUAUCACCAUUACUUCUUUGUGCAGAAUCGGGUAAUCGAGAACUUGUUCAAGCAUUAGUAGAAGCUGGUGCUGAUGUUAAUAUUACACCGCAAGGAGAAUUAGCAGAAGAAAAUCUUCUUGCUGGACAGACACCUCUUUUCGGUGCAGCGAAAAAAGGUCACGUCGAAAUUUGCGAAUUUCUCAUAAAUAAUGGUGCCGAUGUUAAUGCUGUCACAAUGACUGGUGCCACUCCAAUGUAUACAGCAACUGAAGAAGGUCAUUUAGAAGUAGUUCAAUUAUUAAUACGAUCUGGUGCCGAUUUAAAUUGUUCACCAAAAGGACAAAUUGCAUGUGAUCUUCAUAUUGAAAAUCAAACACCAUUAUUAGUAGCAUGUAUGAGAAAUCAUGAAACAAUUAUUCGACAAUUAGUUGAAUCUGGUGCAGAUGUUAAUGCAGUAUCGGAACGUGGUUCAUCACCAUUUCUUGCUAUUUGUCAGCAUAAUAACGUUGAUUUAGCAAGAUUACUUAUUAAUCAUGGAGCAAAACAUGAUAUUGAAGCCAAAAAUUUAUAUGAUGGAAAAAUUAAUGGUUUAAUUGUUGCAGCUGAAUCAGGUUCAUUUGAUAUAUUACGAUUAUUAGUUGAUGCUGGUUUAGAUGUUAAUUAUACAAUUGAAGGAAAAGGUGAAACCGCUGGUCGCACACCUUUAUUUUGUGCAUGUGCAAAAGGCUUUCAAGAUAUUGUCCAGUAUUUAAUUGAGAAAGGAGCAGAUGUCAAUGGAACAGAAAAAAGUGGUCUCUCGUGUUUGCACAUUGCAGCAGCAAUGGGUCAUGCUGAUACAGUACGAAUCUUAUGUGAACAUGGUGCAAAUGUCGAUCAACAAUUUCGUUUCGAAGAACAAGAUGUAACUGCUUAUGAUUUAGCCGAAUCUCAGCAACAUGAUCAUGUAUGUCAAGUACUUAGAAGUUACGGUGCACAACAACCAAAUAAUAAUACAUUAGCUAGCCGUCUAGAGGCUAGUAAAUAG